UGCUGAACAGCUGGACAGCUCCCUGCGGGCAGCAUUGCAAGCCUGUUUCCUUCUGCUCCGAACAGAGAAAACACAGUAGGGCUCCCACCAUGCAGCCAGCAAUGAUGAUGUUCUCCAGCAAAUACUGGGCGCGACGGGGCCUUUCACUGGACUCAGCUGUGCCUCAAGAGUACCCAUUAUCCAGGAAUGUAACUGUAAGUAUCAAGCUGAAACUAAACAAAACAAAUUCUGGUAGAAGUGAUGAUAAAAAGGCUAAUAAAGGUACGAGCAAGAAUGAGUCAACAUCUGAGGGUGGCAAAACUGCUGUGGUGUUUUCUUUAAAAAAUGAAGUUGGUGGCUUGGUAAAAGCUCUCAGACUUUUCCAGGAGAAGCAUGUGAGUAUGGUUCAUAUUGAAUCCAGAAAAUCCAAGCGAAGGAAUUCAGAGGUAGAAAUUUUUGUGGAUUGUGACUGCACCAAGAAAGAAUUCAAUGAGCUCAUUCAGCUGUUAAAGUAUGAAACAAACAUUGUGACUCUGAAUCCUCCAGAAAACAUCUGGACUGAUGAAGAAGAGUUGGACUGUGUGCCUUGGUUUCCCCGGAAGAUUGUUGAAUUAGAUAAAUGUUCCCAGAGAGUUCUCAUGUAUGGCUCUGAACUGGAUGCAGAUCACCCUGGAUUUAAGGACAAUGUUUACCGACAGAGAAGAAAAUAUUUUGUAGAUGUUGCCAUGAGUUAUAAAUAUGGCCAACCAAUUCCUAGAGUAGACUAUACACCUGAAGAAAUAAAAACUUGGGGCGUGGUGUUCAGGGAGCUUUCAAAACUCUAUCCUACUCAUGCUUGUCGAGAAUAUUUGAAAAAUUUCCCAUUACUGACAAAGUACUGUGGCUAUAGAGAUGAUAAUGUCCCACAGUUGGAGGAUGUCUCUAUGUUUCUUAAAGAAAGGUCUGGUUUCACAGUCAGACCAGUGGCUGGAUAUUUGUCCCCUCGUGAUUUCUUAGCUGGUCUGGCCUAUCGAGUGUUCCACUGUACUCAGUACAUACGCCAUGGUUCAGAUCCCCUUUAUACUCCAGAACCGGAUACAUGCCAUGAACUCCUGGGACAUGUGCCUCUGCUUGCUGACCCCAAAUUUGCCCAGUUUUCUCAAGAGAUUGGCUUGGCCUCUCUGGGAGCAUCUGAUGAAGAUGUCCAAAAACUUGCCACUUGUUAUUUCUUCACUAUUGAAUUUGGCCUUUGUAAGCAAGAUGGACAACUGAGGGCUUAUGGAGCAGGUCUUUUGUCUUCUAUUGGAGAGCUCAAGCAUGCUCUGUCUGAUAAAGCCAAUGUGAAAACAUUUGAUCCAAAGACAACCUGCUUGCAAGAAUGCCUUAUCACAACUUUCCAGGAAGCUUACUUUGUCUCGGAAAGUUUUGAAGAAGCCAAAGAAAAGAUGAGGGACUUUGCAAAAUCAAUCAAUCGUCCCUUUUCUGUUUAUUUCAACCCCUACACCCAAAGCAUUGAAAUUCUGAAAGACACCAGAAGCAUUGAAAAUGUUGUCCAGGAUCUCCGAAGUGACCUGAACACAGUGUGUGAUGCUUUAAGCAAAAUGAAUAGAUAUUUGGGUAUCUGAUUUCUUAGUGAUGUGGUUUUGAAGAAUAACUAGAUGCUGUAACACCAUUAUAAGCUACAAUGGCCAGUUUAGCAUUGUCUAUUUCUUCUCUAAUGCAUGGCUACCACAUUUGCUCUGUGUUCUCUUCUACUUAUAUGUAACUUGAAAUACACCAACACUAACCUACAAAUACUUAAGGAAGAGGAUUACACAGUCUUUAUUAUCAGCUUGCAUAAAUUUCAAAAAGCUUCCUUUCCAUAUUUACAGAGUUACAAAUACAGUUGCUGUCAUAUCACAAAAGAACUAAUAAAGGCAAAAUGUCAUCAGUCAAUCAUACACUGGAAGUUAAACUUUAGUAAGUAUUAUAUAUUUUUAAAGAAAAUCCGCAUGCUUUUCAAAAUAAAAUCACUAAUUUCCUGAAGAUAGUAGUAAUUAAAGCCAAAUAUUUUUUGAAAAACUCCAAAAGGAUGCUCUUAGAAAAUAGGCAACUCUGUGUAGAGAGGUGUGUUUCUACCUGAAACUAUAGAUUUGUCCUAAAACAUAAUUUGGUCUGAAGCACAUCUUUCUGUGCAGCUGUCUUGUACUUCUUGCUGCUAAGAAGGCAUUUUAGGAGCACAGCCAUGUUUUGCUUCUUGUAGGGUCUGGUAACACAUUUUCUAACACAUUUUACAAAAAAUAUAAUUUUAGCCACCAUAGAUGUUGAGAUGAUAUAGAUCAACAUUUUGCCCAAUCAUGGACUUUAAACCAAAGAGAGUAUCAUCACUGAUGCUAAAAUAUCACAUCCUUCCGUAAGGCUAGGUAUCUUUGCACUAAUCCAUUUUAAUUAUCUGGACUCAUGGAAAUGAAUCUCUUAUCAAAUUUCAUCAUUCCUCACAACUUCUUCUCUCCUGUCAGCCUCAGUUUGGAGCUACAUACAGAACAAAUCAGCUUCUUUGAUGUCUCAGUAAAACUUAACAAUGAACAUAUAAACAUUAUGUUAGACAGAAAAAUUACAGAUUGCCUUGCAUAGCCACAUGCUUUCAGCUUCCAUCUAUAACAUAUCACAUCUAUCAUCUAUACCAAAACUCAAUGCUUUAUCCACAUUUUUUUUGGACCCACUUGAGAGAGAUAAUUAACUGAUGAAAUUAAACUAAGCAUCAGGAAACUGAACUACUCACCCUAUGAGACCAAUAGACAAAUCAAUAGAGCCAGUUCCAUUCCCAGAGAGGACCUGUUAAAAAUAGAAUAUAGAAAUAGCAUAACAGAACACCACUGAUUGUCACCUACAACUCACAGUUUAAGUCACUCAAACACAUUAUUAAUAAUCUAUAACCCAUUGUGAGAAUCAGCUUGUUCUACUGGUUGAGGCAUCAGGCUAGAAACUGGGAGACUGAAGUUCUAGCCCUGCCUUAAGCAUGAAACCAGCAAGUUACUCUCUCUCAAUCUAGGAAGCAGGCAAUAUACCAAACCAUUUCCAAAAGAAAACUUUAGGCAGUCACCAGCUAUUCACACAGACAAAAACAGAUACAGACACACACAUCCCUAGGCAGUAUACUUUCUUGGACCCUGAAUGGCAGAUCCAUACUUGCAAACAUAAUAGCAAUAGCACUUAGACUUAUAUACCGCUUUAUAGUGCUUUACAGCCCUCCCUAAGCGGUUUACAGAGUCAGUGUAAUCACCUAACCUGAAGUAGAUUCUCACAAGAAGCAAGAAAUGCCAAAUAUAGAUGUCUAUUUUCCCCCAACAAUACCAUCAUAGCCCCAAAAAGUAAUCACACAGGUUUACAGGUGCCUUCAUUUAGUCUUCCUCCAAUGCAAUAUUUGCCAAAAUGUCCCUCUAAGACAAAUGGGCCAGACUUUGCACACAAGAAUUAAUGGACAAACUUGAGUUUGAAGUCCCAACUCAAAGCAAAGAGAAAGUAUUAUUAAAACACUUUCAACCUCCCAGGUUAUUUAAUAGCAAUCCAAAUUAAUAGACCCUAUUUCCACCACGGAAUGAGAAAUUGUUGAACUCACCUACAUUGUAUAGUUUCAGGCAAUUUCAGAAGAUUGGCUUAUCCACCAACACUUUGGGUUUAAAACAUAUUACAAUUGUUAAUUGUUAAGGUAUUAGUAAUAUGCAACCCAAAUCUGCAUAACUGACCUUUUCCUCCUUUUCUGUCCCAUCAAAUUAAAUACUAAAAUAGUCUAGGCACUCAGAUGAUGAAGUGAACUGCAGCUCAUAAAAGGUUAUAUCUUUUAAUAAAAUUAGUUAGUUGGUAAUAGUGCUACCCUUUCUGACUGUUACUAAGUAAAUUGGCACAUUCUGAACCAGACUGCAUUUUCUGUGUACCCUUUGAAGGCAAUUUAAUUAGAGCACAGUGUAGCAGAUCCAAUAAUGAAACUGUUAAAGCACCAAUAGAAGAGAAUAAUUGUAGCUCAGGGUUGAACUGUGGGAUCCUUGAUGCUCUCUGAGCUUGGUUGUUUUCUUACAGAUGUUUCUACCAAACUUUUCAUUACCAAACAUCACUGAUGAUGUUACCUAGUUUGGUAAUGAAAUAUCAGCAAGAAAACAACAAAGCUUGGAGAACACCAAGGAUCCCACUGAUAAAGCAUGUAUGACCUCUAGAGCUAUUUGGAACUAAAGGACACUUGUUGCAAUGGAUGCUGUUGGAACUUCAGGCACAGAGUUAAAUCUGGAGCAGUUCUAAAAUUAAGAAAAGGGAAAGAAAUAUAACUUUACCUCGAAAUAAGUAAAGUAGCAACUCCUACAUACAGUAUAGUCAGCAAUUCACACCAUAAUAGCUAGUUUAGGCAGUUACCCAGCACUUGAUGACUGUAACUUCAAGUGAUAAUUUACAUGUAAUUGACCUUCCCAUCAACUCAUACCUAGGACCAUAUAUAAUAUAAUAUUAUCUAUAAAUAUAACAGUUAAAUGUCUUCCCUGGUAUAGAUUUUAUUUUCUUUAAGUUGCUGGAUUUCUUUGCCAAAAAGCAAUAGAGUAUAUAUUUGUAUUUUUCCCCAAUGAACAUAGACUUGUUUUCUAUACCUAUAGGAAGCCACUAAAACAUGGGAAUAGAAAAUGAUGUAAUUAUUUCUUAUUGCCCUCUCACCAUCUUCCUGAAUUUUGUCAUUACCUUAACUGAUUACUAGUUUAUUCAGCAGUAUAAAGGAAAAUAAAUCUGUGGCUGUAUAGGGUAUUAUAGUGAUUAUAAAGUAAAGGUCACACUUUUCUGUAUACAUAUAAUUUUUAAUAGUAUUUUACAGAUUUUACUCAAUCAUAUAGAUAUUUGGGCUUAUUCUUCAUGCCUUGGAGGAUGCCUGAGAAGAGUCCAUAAGGGGUUUACAUUGCAAACAACUGCAGACUUUGUCAUAGGCUUCCAAGUAUAUACGGUACUUGUAAUCCUAUCCCAUAUUCUGCUGGCUGAUAGAUUAAAGGAUAUAAUAAAAUGUGUCAAUAGAUAUGAUACUUUACUAGAACAUUUAAUCAGACAUAAUCUUCACUAAAUAGCAGAUACAUAAUGUAUUGUUUGGAACUUCCUUUUCACUGUAUCCCAUAAUCAAGAGAUAUAAUUGAUGAUCGUUGUGAGUGUUAUGUGUGAUUAGCUCUAAACAGAAACAAGCUCUGAUUACAAACAGCUUUUAAAAAUUCAAAUCUUAAUUUGCAAUUGAAUGUGACAAAUUAAUCACUAACUCCAUUCAUCUCUGGAGCAAAAUGGUAAUUCUAAAUUAGCUAUGGAAAUCAUGCCAUCAUUUCUUUUUGCUUGCAAAACUCUGGGGUCAUUGUGUAUUCCUUGAUAUAUUAGCUGGAUCUUUUUAUAUGGAAGUUUUCUAGAUGUCUUUCUGAUAUUCAUAUAGGAUUCAGUUUUUCCCUGACCAAUGGAAACUUGCAUUCUGAUUCUUCACAAAUAAUCUCUAAGAAUGGAAGUCUUACUUCUGUCACAGCAACUGUAAUACAUGGGAUGAAAGAAAACCUGGGCAAGCCAUGUUUAUGGGAAGAAAGUCCCAAUAAUUAAUACUUUCAAGGCAUAAUUUAGAAUAACAGGGAGUAAUUUGGAAUUAUUGAGAUUUAUGGAACUAUUUGAUCAUACAGAAACAAGUCUUUGUAUAACAUGCUGAAUGUAAACACACUAUCAAAGAAAAAAGGUGAAGGUAGUAUCAUCCUAAACAAACAUAACAUCUGGAAGACUGUCAAUUUGAUAAUUUGAACCCAUUUUUGUAUGUCAAUUUGGUUAUUUGAAAUUCAAAUAUAUUUUGUUUAAAAUAUUUUAAAAUAUAAAAUAUUUUACGUUGCCUUGGGUGGAAAACACUCCCAAAGAUAAAAAUUCUUCAAUAAUGGAUAUGAGCUGAAUAAAAUAGUGAUUAAUGAAACAAGUAUGAUGAUAACACUACUAAAACCAAAGCAAUUGUCAUUGAUAGCAAUAGCAUAAAGCCUUAAGAACCCUUUGAAAAUAGUCAUGAAUUGCAGAUGAGGUAAAUUACUUUAGAAUAUUUCAGAAGGCGAAACUGACAAAGCAGAAGUGGAAUAAUCAUAUUAAACAGUUUAAUCACAUUUGAUUAUAGCUAUAGUUGAAUGAUGUGUGGAUCUGCUUAUUUUAUGGGAUGUAGCUGUGACUACACUGCUUAAAGGUCAAGUAUAGUCCUUUCCUUAACUUUAAAAAAAUGGUUAGCCAUCAACCGAGACAGUGUUCCAAAGAAAUGGGACCAUUGCAGAUAAUACCUUUUCCCUUUAAGACAUCAACUUGAUCGUAGUGAUAGUUUUCUAUUGCUUUGCAUAAAGCAGCUCUCCAUUUUGCAGCCUGAAGAAUUUUGGCUUUUUUUGGGGCGGCAUUUAUCUGUUUGUUUGUUAUGUGGCAGUGGGCUUAUAUACAUUUAUGAUCCAAAAGGAGUGCUUUACUAUUUGGACUGGAUUCAAACCUGAAUAUUUUUUGUCUGCAGAUAUAAGAGGGCUGAUCAAACUGCUAAUUUAUUAAUCUAGCAUUGGCCUUUAUGCUUAUUGCUUAACGCAUUGUAAGCCGCCCUGAGUCUCCGGAGAAGGGCGGCAUAUAAAUCAAAUUAAAAAAAAAAAAAUUACAUGGACUUUUAAAAAUCAGCUUACUGUAUAUCUCUUUAAUUAUUCAUCCUUAUGUUAGAAGUCUGUGGGUGCAGAUGCAAUGUCCCUUUAACCAACAAAUAAAAUUAUUGCAA